GGCUAGCGGAUGCGCUGUACUGUCGCUUUAAGUUUUGCGCGUGCACGUCAAGAAAAACAAAGACUAGGGGGCCCACUAAUCAACCUCUGCGACCCAACUGACCGCAGCAGGCUGACCCUACAGCCUUUCCUCUCCAACUUUUCUCUCUCGGAGCGUGGGAAACGUUUGCGGAAGUACCUGCUAUGCACCUGUCGUAAGCGGUUGCCGCUUCCGGGUUGGCGCGUCUGGACUUUGGCGGUUCUCAAACAAGGAACAUGUCCGUCACCGAGCUCUACACGACGUACACGCGAGUAUGGAUCCCAGAUGCAGAGAACGUGUGGCAGGCGGCGGAGAUCGACCGAGACUUCCGGCAAGGAGAUUCCACGCUGCGCCUCCGGUUGGAGGACGGCACGGCGCUGGAGUACCCGGUGGGCCCCGAUGGCAACCCGUUGCCGUUCCUCCGUAACCCCGACAUCCUGGUGGGCGAGAACGAUCUGACGGCACUGAGUUAUCUUCACGAAGCGGCCGUGCUGCACAACCUCAGGGUCCGAUUCCUGGAGUCCAAUCACAUCUACACCUAUUGUGGCAUCGUCCUAGUGGCCAUCAACCCGUACGAGGAGCUGCAGAUCUACGGCGAGGAGGUGAUCAACGCCUACAGCGGCCGGAACAUGGGCGACAUGGACCCGCACAUCUUCGCCGUGGCCGAGGAAGCCUACAAACAGAUGGCCAGGGACGACAGGAAUCAGUCCAUCAUUGUGAGCGGGGAAUCUGGAGCCGGCAAGACUGUUUCCGCCAAGUACGCCAUGAGGUUCUUCGCCACUGUGGGAGGAUCUGCCAACGACGCCAACGUGGAGGAGAAAGUUCUGGCCUCCAAUCCCAUCAUGGAGGCAAUCGGCAAUGCCAAGACCACCAGAAAUGACAACAGCAGUCGUUUCGGGAAGUACAUCGAGAUCGGCUUUAACCGCAGCUACCACAUCAUCGGCGCCAACAUGCGAACGUACCUGCUGGAGAAGUCCAGGGUGGUCUUCCAGGCUGAAGAGGAGCGCAACUACCACAUAUUCUAUCAGCUGUGCGCGGCCGCCUCUUCGCCGGAGCUGCGGGACCUUUGCCUCACCAGCGCAGAAGACUUCCUGUACACGUCCAUGGGCGAGAACAUCUUUAUCCAGGGGGUCAGUGACGCCGACGACUUGGAAAGGACCAGGCAGGCCUUCAGGUUGCUCGGCAUCAAAGACGGCAGCCAGAACGCCAUUUUCAAGGUACUGGCGGGCAUCCUGCAUUUAGGCAACAUCGAGAUCUACUCCGAGAAGGACGGCGAGUCCUGCCACGUCUCGAGCGAUGACGUCCACCUGGCUCACUUCUGCAGGCUCCUGGGCUUGGAGGCGCCUCAAAUGGAGCACUGGCUGUGCCACCGGAAGUUGGCCACAGCCUCCGAGACCUACGUCAAGAACAUGUCAGCCCGGCAGGCGGCCAACGCCCGCGACGCCCUGGCCAAGCACAUCUACGCCCGCUUGUUCGACUGGAUCGUGGCACGCAUCAACGCGGCGCUGCGCGCAUCCUCCAAGCAGCACUACUUCAUCGGCGUCUUGGACAUUUAUGGCUUCGAGACCUUCGAGGUCAACAGCUUCGAGCAGUUCUGCAUCAACUACGCCAAUGAGAAGUUGCAGCAGCAGUUUAACUCGCACGUGUUCAAGCUGGAGCAAGAGGAGUACAUUAAGGAACAGAUCCCGUGGACCCUCAUCGACUUCCACGACAACCAGCCUUGCAUCGACUUGAUCGAGGCACGACUGGGCGUGCUGGACCUUCUGGACGAGGAGUGCAAGGUCCCCAAAGGCACGGACCAAAACUGGGCGCAGAAGCUCUACAAGCGACACGAGGCCAGCCCCCACUUCCAGAAACCCCGAAUGUCCAACACUGCCUUCGUCAUCAUCCAUUUCGCCGACAAGGUGGAGUACGAGUGCGCCGGCUUCCUGGAGAAGAACCGGGACACAGUUUACGACGAGCAGAUCAACAUCCUCAAGGCCAGCCAGCUGGAACUGGUGGCCGACCUGUUCGGUGACCAGGACGCGCACGGCCCCAAAUCGGCCAAGGUCAACUUGCGCCCCGCAAGGUCGGCGCCGAAGCCCCCCAACAAAGAACACAGGAAGACUGUUGGCCUGCAGUUCCGCAGCUCUCUGCAUCUCCUGAUGGAAACGCUCAACGCCACCACGCCCCACUACGUGCGCUGCAUCAAACCCAAUGACGACAAGGAAGCUUUCUCGUUCGACUCCCAUCGAGCCGUGCAGCAGCUGCGUGCGUGCGGCGUCCUAGAGACCAUCCGGAUCAGUGCUGCCGGAUACCCCUCCAGGUGGACGUAUGGCGACUUCUUCAGCAGAUACCGCGUGUUGAUGCGCAAGGCAGACGUCUCGUGUCCCGACAAGAAGUUGGUGUGUCAGAGGGUGUUGGAGACGCUGAUCAAGGACGCCGACAUGUUCCAGUUAGGGAAGACCAAGAUCUUUUUCCGAGCGGGCCAGGUGGCCUACCUGGAGAAGUUGCGUGCCGACAAGUUCCGCUCUGCCUGCAUAACCAUCCAGAAGACUGCGCGCGGAUGGCUGCAGAGGCUCCGUUAUCAAAAGAUCCGUAAAUCCGUCAUCUUGUUGCAGAGAUACGGGCGUGGCUACUUAGCGCGCAGGUAUGCGGAAUACUUGCGGCUGACGCGUGCCGCUGUGGUCUGCCAGAAGAACUACCGUAUGGCCAGAGAGCGCCGCGACUUCCUGGCGGUGCGCCGGGCCACCGUCACCAUCCAGGCCUUCGCGCGAGGGAUGUUCACGCGCAGAAUCUACCAGGAGUUCCUACUGCACCACAAGGCCCUGAUCAUCCAGAGCUGCGUCCGCGGCUGGCUGCAGAGGCUGAAGUACCGGCGGAUGCGGCGUGCCGCCGUGGUGCUGCAGUGCGCCUACAGACGCUGCCGGGCGCUGCGCCGCUUCAAGGUGCUCAAGACCGAGGCGCGGUCGGCCGAGGGCCUGAAGAAGCUCAACACGGGCAUGGAGAACAAGAUCGUUCAGCUGCAGAGGAAGAUGGACGAGCAGGGGAAGGACUACCGCGAGCAGAACGACCAGCUCCUGCGUGCCAACACCACCCUGGGGACGGAGCUCAGUCGGGUCCAGCAGCAGCUUCAGCAGCUGCAGCAGCAGCAGCAGGCCCACAGCCAGCGGGGCGGCGCCGAUUCACCGGGGCAGGUCGAGCUUGAGGCGCUUCGGACGCGGCUGGAGGAGGCCCGGGUUCUCAAGGACGAGACUGAUGGCCGGCAUCAGAACGAGAAGACGCAGCUGAUCCAGAGGGUGGCCGAACUGGAGGAGGAAAACGCGCUGCUCAAGAGCGAGAAGGAAGAACUCAACCAGAAGCUGAAACAACAGUCCGGCCGCUCCUCAGAGGAUGUGGGAAGCGCCUUGCUGCGUGCCGAGAUGGAUGCCGAGCGACGUCGCUACCAAAAUCUGCUGAAAGAAUAUUCCAGACUGGAGCAGAGAUAUGACAAUUUGAAGGAAGAAGUUUCCCUCACCAAGUUCCAGCCGGGUCACCACCGGAACCUGUCCAAUCAGAGCACCCCGGAGUCUGAUUCCAAUUACACGUCCAUCUCCACCUCCGAGGCGGGAGACGCCGACGAUGCCCUGCACCUGGUCGAGGAAAUGGGCGUCGACAAGGCGGCCAUGGACAUUGGCAUCUUCGUCAAGCUUCAGAAGCGCGUGAGGGAGUUGGAACGUGAGAGGAAGCGACUGCAGGACAGCGUGGACAAGAUGGAGGAGACGGCCAGGAACAAGGCCUGCGAAGAGGAGGAGGCAAAGAUUCUCAAGAGCGCUGCCGCCGAGCAGGAAGCAGCAGACUUGGCCUAUAACACCCUGAAGCGUGAAGAGCUGGAGUCGGAGAACCUGCGGCUGAAGAACGAUCUGAACGAGCUGCGGCGCGGCGUGAGCGAACGGGCGGCUGAUGACGACGCCUCAAAGGAACUUCGGGAGGGCUACGACAUCCUGAUGAGUCAGCUCAAGGCGGCCAGUGAGGAGCUGGAUGCGCGCAAGGAAGAAGUGGUCAUACUCAGGACGCAGCUCGCCAGUGCCACACAGCAACGGGCUGACGCUUGGGACGAGGAGGGCGCAGAUGAAGUGGAUGCAAACGUGGCCGAGUUGCCGUCGGAUAAAUCCCAGGCACUGGAGGUCUACCGCAGCGUAUGCCAGUCUAACAAGCAUCUGGAGCGUGAGCUUCAGUCUCAAGCGAGCCAACACGCCGAGGAGGCCCGAGAGCUGCGGGCCGAGGUGGAGACGCUAAAGGAGGACGUAGAGAAGAAGCAGGAGGCACUCAACUACGCCACGUCCCUGUCGCCGGAGGCCCUGCUGGAGUACAGCGUGCAGCUUGAGAUCACCAGGCUCACCGACGACAACCUGGACCUGAAGGAGUCGGUGGAGAAACUGGAGAAAAACGAGCGGAAGCUGAAGAAACAGCUGAAGAUCUACAUGAAGAAAGUCCAGGAGCUGGAAGGUAACGCGGGUAAAGCGAUGCUAACGGCGAGGUGCGCUAACCUCGGCCGAUCUCCCUCCCUAGCAAGUCGCGGCGGUCGCGGCAAAGCCGAACUGGGUCGGCACGUGACGCUUCAGCGCAAGGAGAAGGACUUUGAGGGCAUGCUUGAGUACGACCAGGAGGAUGAGUCUCUGCUCAUCAAGACCCUUAUCACAGACAUGAAUCCUAACUUGUUGUCCGGCACAGUCCCGUGCCUGCCGGGGUACAUCCUGUUCAUGUGCAUCCGCCACGCCGAUUACGUCAACGAUGACCGCAAGGUGGAGUCUCUGCUCACCGCCACCAUCAACGCCAUCAAGCGCGCACUCAAGAGGAACGAGGAUUUUGAGACGACUUCUUUCUGGCUGGCCAACACGAGUCGCCUCCUGCACUGCCUCAAGCAAUACAGCGGAGACGAGGCAUUCAUGGUGCAGAACACGUCCAAGCAGAACGAGCACUGCCUGAAGAACUUCGACCUGGCCGAGUACCGGCAGGUUCUCAGUGACCUGUCCAUUCAGAUCUACCAGCAGCUCAUCCGCGUCGCCGAGGCCACCAUCCAGCCCAUGAUUGUUUCGGCCAUGUUGGAGAGCGAGAGCAUCCCAAGUCUGGCGGGCGUCAAGCCAGCCGGCUACCGUGACCGCUCGUCUAGCCUUGACGGCGACGGGGGACGCGGCGGCGGCUACACGCUGCCGGCGCUGAUCCGGCAGCUGAGCCGCUUUCACUGCGCCAUGCGGGACCACGGCCUGGACCCCGAGAUCGCCGGGCAGGUGGUGCGGCAGCUCUUCCGCUGCGUCAACGCCAUUACGCUCAACAACAUCCUGCUGCGUAAAGAUGUGUGCUCUUGGAGCACCGGCAUGCAGCUGAGGUACAACACCAGUCAGAUGGAGGAGUGGCUGCGCGCAAACGGCCUAUACGGGACAGGGGCUGCACAGGCGUUGGCGCCAGUCAUUCAGGCCGCUCAGUUGCUGCAAGUUAAGAAAAAAAGCCCAGAGGACGCAGAUGCCAUCUGUUCGCUCUGCACGGCGCUCAACCCCCAGCAGAUCGUCAAGAUCCUCAACCUGUACACGCCACUCAACGAGUUUGAAGAGCGGGUCACUGUUUCCUUCAUUAGGAACAUCCAGAAGCAACUCCAAGAGCGAGGUGCGGCUGACGGGGGCGACACGGCGGCCCCUCAGCUGCUGGUGGACACCAAGCAGACAUUCCCGCUGCUUUUCCCGUACGCGCCGUCCUCUCUGGGCCUGGAGACGGUCCACAUUCCCGCCUCGCUAGGCCUCCACUUCCUGGUCCGGGUGUGAGCUGGCUUCCCGUGCUGCGCUAGUCAUGAAUCCAAAUAUUUAAGCGGAUCAAUUUGAACUGUGGCCUCUUCCGUUUUUGCGUUUCGUUGGCACAAAACGCAGCGUUUGUAUUAGUUUUGUUGAAUGAAACACGAGAGUCUUUUAACCCUAUUCAUUGGCUGCCGUGACAGUGCUAGACAUCUAGCGCCGUUGAUUGUGCGGAACCAUGAGCCAUUCCUCCCAGUUGAAAUGAAUUGAACGGAUGUCGUUUUCAAUGGCAGGCGAUGAGUUAAAUACUAUGUAAUUUCAAACAAAAUAAGUUAAGUCUUUUGGGGGCCAUACCGGAGUGCAUUUCUGUUUUUAUUCAUUUUGUUUUUAUUACAAUUCAUUUAUAAUUCAUGUAUAAUUUAAUAAAUAAUUUAAUAUUAUUUCAGCAGACCAUUUUUUCAUGAUUGGGUGGCGGCCAUGUUGGUAAGUGUGACACUUUCUUGGAUACUGGACUCAUCUUUGGUAUCGAUCCAUCCAUCCGUUAACUACCGCUUAAUCCGGGGUUGGGUCGCGGGGGCAGCAGCUUUACCAGGGAAGCCCAGACUUCCCUCUCCCUAGCCACAGCAACCAACUCCUCCAGGUGGGAUCCCA